AUGGACCCUGCAGGACACCGCCUCAGUGGAGAGCAGCAGCAGCAGCAGCCGGUGGAGCGGGCGAAGGCCGAUGCUGACCGUGACACGGCUGAUAUGCUGCCUCCGCUGCGCACGGGGACGUCGCCGUUCGAGCAGGCAGGUGCGAGCGUGAACCGGAACAGCGCAGCCUCUGCGCCGCUUUCCGCGGCAGUGAAGGCCAUCCCCACGCUCGCGGCGGCUACGUCAAGCUUGCGCGCUGGCGAUGACACCGGCGGCGAGGAGAACGAGGGAGAGGAGGAGCCGUUCCUCACCAACGGCUCCAUCGCGCUGGCCGAGUUCACGAGCCUGCUGAAGCCAGCAGAGAACACCAGCAUCCUAAAGGAGCACAUCAUCCACCUGCUGCGCGAUGUGGACGCCGAGGAAACACUGAUGCGUAUCGCUCGCGCGUUGGAAGCGCAAGGGACGAGCGAGACACCGGUGAAUGUCAGUGCCACGACGUGUACGGGGUCGUCGCGCGACGUGGCAUCGUACACAAAUGCAUCGCAGAGCACGGCGACCUCGAUGAGCAUGGUGGCGCGUCGGCGCUCGAGUGUCAUGUCGCGCCGAGAUGCCACCAGCCUCGUGACGCUCGCCGGUCUCUCUUUUCUGCACUCCCAGCGGGGCGCGACGUCGCCCAGCGCGCAAGAGUCCCCAUCGUCAGCGCAGCCGUCGGAGGACGUGGCCCCGUACAACAGGUCGACGCGCGGCCUCGGUGGGCCAAUGGAUGUCUCCUUCAACUCCCACUCGUCUCUCGGCACGCGCGAGGAGGAGCAGCGGCAAUCAAAGCAGGACGGCCCCCUGUCGACCUUCAUGGCGGCCAGCGCCUCCCAGCUCAGCGACGUAACCCCCACGCUGCGCGAACCGCCGGGACUUCCAACCGGCGGUCAAUGCCAAGGUCGGCGUGUCGCCGUAUCGGCGGCGCCAUGCAUGCCGCCACCGGAGAUAAUCGGCGGAGAUUCACCAGCCACGGCGCUGCCCCCGCUGCGCGUUCUGCCCAAGACCCCGGCGGAAGAGCAGCAGCUGCGGCGACUACUGCGCCGCUGCCACAGCUUCACCUCUCUUGAGGCAGACACCCUCGAGGGCGUCCUGAAGGCAAUGGACAAGGAGGUGCACGCGGCCGGUACGGCCAUCUUGGAGCAGGGCCAAGCGACGACGGAGAAGCUCUACCUCGUCGGCGAGGGCACGUGCGAAGCCAUCAAGAACGGCAAGUCGCUCGGCCCGCUGCAGCCGGGCGGGACCUUUGGCGAGUUGGAGCUCAUGUACAAGCAGGCCAUGUGCGCCGCGACUGUCCGGUGCGUGACGCGGUGCGUGCUCUACACGCUGGACGAGGCAAGCUACCACCGCGUUGUCAUGACGAGCGUGCUGCAGAAGCGGCGCAAGUUUGAGAAGCUGACAAUGAACGUACCUUUCCUGCGGUGCCUGCCGGAUUUUGAGCGCAUGAAGAUUGCCGAGGCGCUCGAGACGCGGGUGUACCAGUGCGGCAAGGCGAUCAUCCGCUUCGGCUCGCCUGGGAACUACAUGCACUUUAUCAUCGAGGGUGAGGUAAAGGUGGUUGGGCGGAACAGUGGCCGCCGGGUUGAGGUGGUGCGCCUGCGCGACGGCGACGUCGUCGGCGAGCUCGAGUUCCUCUUCAACCACCUCACCGUGGCGGAUGUUGUAGCGACGUCGCGCGAGGUUCGGACGGCGUGCAUCAGCCGCGAGCACUUCGAACUCAUUAUUGGGCCUAUACAAGACCGCCUGAAGGAGUUUGUCGCCACCUCCUCCACCUAUGAAAAGUAUUACGUCGCCGAGGUGGCGGACGAGAGCGUGCGCACCGAGCUCAGCCGCAUCGAGUCGUCGCGCAAGCAUCGCCGCGUUGCCUCGCGCGAUCAGCGGACAGCGAUCGGGGACAUUGAUCUGCAUGGCGAGGUGCUGCUGAGUGCGCCGCUGUCGCUACUCCACGGCAAGUGUGAUACUGCCGGUGACGCUGGCGGUGUUGGUGGCGCCGCCAGCAGCGACUCGGUCGCCGGGGAUGGUGCCGACGCGCAUGGGCAACGCACGACGGCAGCGGGGGGCUUGGCCAAGCUGCCCAAGGCACUGUUGCGGUUUCCGUUUGCACCAAUCACGGGCAAGGACGUGGCCGUACUGGCCCUCCGCGAGGAUGGCCUCAUCAUGUACUGGAACUCCGUGCUGGAGAGGCUGACGAGCUACUCGGCGGGGGAGGCGGUGGGGCAGAACAUUUACUCCUUCCUCCUCUCGGAGCGGGAGCAGCAGUGCAUGUACAAGGCUGUCAACGCUGCACGCAACUACGCCGGCGAGGCGGAGGCAUUCUUGAAGCGGCCGAACACCAAGCCGAUCCAGUUCACGCUCGCCCGCAGCGACGGCCUCACGAAGACAACCCUCCGGCUCACGAUUGCUCCGCCUGUCGUGUCGGCCGGCGGCAACGCGGCGGAGGUGGUGCUGGGCUUUGGCGAGGAGGUCAGAGAGGGGCCACAGAAGAUGUUGGAGCAGCCCCAGUGGCUCUCUGGCCAAAUUCGCGUCAUUCUGGCGGAUGGCACGCAGACCUUCGAGGAGCGGCUGGAGUGCAUCGCGGAGACCCUCAACAACUUCGAGUCCACCUACCGCGCCAUGACGGUGUCAACGGAGCGGCUGCGUGUGGUCAACAUCCGGCAGAUGAUGGGGCACAUCCUCAUGGACUUUGGCGGCGAGUGCGUGAGCCGCGGCAUAUCUGUGCGGCAGCGCUUCGAAGGGCUCCCGUCAGAGCGUGCCUACCUCGACGCCCACCUGUUACCGGAGUGUCUGCGCUACGCAAUGAGGCUGUGCCUCAAGUACAGCGACCCCGGCGGCAGCAUCAUCACCAUCAUGAUCACUGUCACAGAGAAAAAUGGGCUCGAGUUUCUGGUGGUCAAUUUCAACCUGACCGGCGACGGCAUACCGAAGGCGAUUGCGAAGUUCUUCGGCUCGCCGCUGAGCAGGCACGGCGAUUCUGUCACCACGAUGAGCGUCGACGACGACAGCGGCGACGACAGUGGCGACGACAGCGACAACGACGCGGAGGCGUCCAUGGCGCUACGAAGCAGCCUGCGGCCUCGGCUGCGGCGCAAGCUGCGCCGCGUGCAGCGCGCCGUCGAGGACCAGGGUGGCACGCUGCGCAUGCUCUGCAACCCGCAAGACUCGAACAUCGCCUUUCUCAUCCCCUUUAUGCCGGCGAGCGAGCAGGACCCCGAGAAUGCCUCCAUAGAAGAGUCGCUGAGCACCUUGGCCGACUCCACCGGCGCAGGUCAGUUGACGUCGCUGGCGGGGAUGGGCAGCGGUGUCGGACCUCCCAUCUCUGUACCCGCAGCAGCUGCUGCCGAGAGUGUGUUGCUCACGAACACCCCCGGGGGCGAGAGCAGUGGGCUGUCGAACUUUUCGGUGGCCGGGGCCGUCGCCGCCGUGUCCGGGCAACCGAACUUCAGCUACACCACCUGCCUCGCCGAGGACACACCGGCUCACCGCAUUAUGCUGUCUUCAUUCUUGUGGGAGCGCCACCACGCGGUGCUGACUGCCUUCACCUUCGAGGACAUCGUGGGCCUCGUCGGGGUCGCCGAUAUUCUCAUCAUUGACCUGCAGCAGUCCGCCAUCACCUUCCUGCACGAGCGCGACCCCAUCACGCGGCUGCGCGAGAUGCUGCGGCACAUGGCCGUCAUCAUCACCUCCACGAGCUUCGACCUCGUCAGCAGCGACACGUAUGCGGCGGCCGGCUUCAUCACGCUGAAGAAGCCGUGCACCCCUGUCCAGGCCAUGAAGGCGAUACGUCGCGCAGAGGAGAAGUCGGCCGUCGUGAAGCUGGAACGACUGCGCAUUGAGCAGACUCGUGAGACGCUGGCGCGCAACAGCCGCGGUGCCUGGCGUCACGGCGCCCUCCUCGGGAAAGGUUCUUCUGGGGAGGUGUAUGAGGCGUACGACGUGCUGACGGGCGGCAAGAUGGCUGUGAAGGAGAUGCGGCUGGGCAACAACGACGCUAAGAUUGAGCAGUUCGUGCAGGAGAUCAGCACAAUGUGCAACCUGCAGCACCCCAACAUUAUCCACUACUUCUACUGCGAGGAGAGCAAGGAGCAGAAGGUGAUUCGGGUGUUUAUGGAGUACGCCGGCGGUGGCACGCUGCAGUCGCUCCUCAAAGCAAAGGGCCGGCUCGAGUACGUGGAGCUGCGGGCGCUGCUACGGGAUGUAGUGGAGGGGCUUGCGUACAUACACUCGCAGCAUUACGUCCACGGUGACAUCAAGACGGCCAACGUGCUGCUGAGCAACGAUGGCAAGGGCAAGAUCGGCGACUUUGGCACGGCGCGGACGGUGAACGAGGGGGAGCUGCUGUACGUGAUGCAAGGUAGUCCGCUCUACAUGUCGCCCGAGUGUAUGUCGGCCGGGGAAGAGGACGAGGAUGGCAACAAAAUCGGCUACAGUUUUCCUUCCGACAUCUGGUCACUCGGCUGUGUUGCGAUGGAGAUGGCAACGAACAAGCCACCCUUUGCGCACAUCAAGGCGAUUAAAGGACCCGCCGGCUUGACAAACUUUGUCACGUCGCUGACGGACGUCCCCGACCUGUCACCGCUCUUCAAGUGCCACCCCUCCGUUGUGGAGUUUGUCUCCGCAUGCCUGAACCCCGACCCGAGCCAGCGUGCAACGGCGCAGGACCUGCUCCAGAUGAGCCUCUUCAGUGAGUCGACGCACAGCGACCGCAACUCCGCCGUGAUGGCGCUGAAGCGGGCGCAGCUGCUGCACGUGCUGAACAAGUUUGUUGCCUUCCAGGAGCCCGAAGAGGCGGAAAAGCUGGAGAAGCAGCGUAACUGCCUCAAGGUGAGUCGGCUCGCCUCCGACUUCUUCAGCUCCAGCAGCAGCUCCAGCGACAACGCGGGCGAACCGAUGCCGACGGCCUUCUUGAACUCGGCGCCUGCCGCGGCGGUCGACGAGGCAGCUAGCGAAAAGCGGCCCCGGGGUGCAGCAGCCACAACAACGGCGGCGACAACCACAGCGGUAGCGACGGGAGACGAGGACGAGGACGAUAAGGACGUCACACGGCGCAGCGACACGGUGGCGCGGGCUGCGGGCGGUGCCUCCGAGAGCCUCGAUGGCACGAGGCCUGCCGGAUCAAGUGCGGGGGCGCCGCUGGUCAACACAGUCACCUCCACGGACGGCAGCUUGCAUCAAGCGGCAUCGACCUUCACGCGCUACCUGCGCAAGUGGGACUCCUCCUCCACGAGCUCAUCCUCCUCGUCUUCAGAGUUGAAUGAAAAGUCCAAGGCGAUGACAGCCGCAGGUAGCGAAGGUGCGCACCGCGACCCAGUCACAGGCGUCGCUGGCGGAAACGACGAGGCCGAGCCGGACGCGCGCAACCCACAAACGGAGGACGUCUAUGACCACUCCCCGACCCCGAAGAAGCGCUCGAAGACGCGGUCGCGUCCGCAAGCAACACCGGCACCGCCAACGCGAAAGCCCUCGCAUCAGCUAGGCGGCCCUGGCAGCACCACCACCACCACAAACAGUGCCGAGAAAGACUUCUUCGCGACGUCGUCGGACGACAGCAGCAGCAGCAGCAGCAGUGGCCGCGCGCUUAACAAGGCCGACGCGCGCAGCGAGGCGCUCACGCAUCAAGGCGGCACUGCACAGCGGACGGGCACUCCCACGACAGCUUGCAAGGUGCCACGGCCAACAGGCAGCGAGGCCGUUGGCUAUACCCCCAGCUUUCCUGGUCGGCGCCGCAACGUGCGGCUGGACGAGGCUGGCAACAUCGUGCCGUUUGAUCGGCUUUCGAGCAUGAUGAGUGUGCCGACGCUGGUGAACAUCAAAGGCGAACAGCACGGAGACGACGCUUCCGCUGAAGGCGUCCCUGGAGUUGCCCCCGGUGCCUCGCAGGUGCCGUUCUCCACCCUUGGUGACGCGAAUGAUCACGUGCUGAGCCCCGGCAGUGCCGUAGGCCUCGCCAACGCGUCCUUCGCGCAGCCGACGGGAAACUACUCCUUCUUCAGCUUCAACAGGAACAUCAGCUUUAUGGGCGCCAACAUGGACGAGGUGCUGAACAGCGCAGCCAACGAUUUCCUCAGCAACCUCGCCGCGAACUGGCACACGAGCAACGCGGCGUGCGUCGAGACGGCUAGCAGCGCCGGCAGCACGGUACAGCAACUGCCCUCCAGAGUGUUUCAGCAUGCGGAGCGGUCGUGCAGUGGGCGAAGUCAUGCGACACUGAGCAGCAACAGAGAAGGGGAGUGUCGCACCGACUGCGUGGUCGGCGUGGCCAGCCCACUGGCGGUGACAGGGCAAAGCAAGGAUCGCGGCGACGUACCGGAGACGCCAUCGCGGCGGCGGGGCGGGGCAAUGAGUCGCAGCCCCUCCGCGCGAAGCCCGCUGGAAGCGCGUGGGCCGGGCGAGCCGGCAUCGAUCGAAGGCGGCAACGGUGGGGUGCAGCACGGUGGAACAAUGUUGCCGCUGCCGCAGUCACCACUGCCAAAGCCACUGUCCACCGCGGCGGCACCCACUGCUGCCUCACGCUUCACUCAACCCGUCUUGAGUCAGCUGUGUUCCGCCUCGUACACUUCGGACGACGGCACCACCAGCAUGACGCCGCGCGCCGACAGCGUACCGCUUGUGGGGGCUGCCGCGUCAUCGAACCGCCGGCGUCGCGCGCGGCCACCCAUAACAAAUCAUUCAUUUUUCGUGGUGGAGGAUCGGUCGUCGGCGCCGCUCUUCUCUCCCUGCACUGGCAGCACAAAAUUGGCUGGGUCGAUGGCCGGCGGCCCUGUCUCGGCCUCUCGGGUCAGUCUCGCCACGUGGUCAAGCGUGGCCUCCGCAGACGGCAGUGUCACAGGUGGCAUGGCGGGUGAAACGAGCAGCAGCCCUCUACUGCAGCAGAACUACGCAAACGUGGCGGUGGUAGCGCCGCCGCCGGUCUUCCCUACCUUCUCGACGAGCAAUGCGCGAGCCGUGUGGCAGCAGCGGCGGCGCCACGUUGCUGGAGGCGGUCGGAGCGGCAUGGGAAGUGGCAACAUAAGCAACAUCCACCUCACCGCACCGCUGAGCAACGAGGGCAGCGUCUACCUGGUGGUGGCCGAUGAGCACCAAAGAGAUGGUCAGCAGCGAGGCGCGGCAGACGCCGCCGUGGGUCGCGAGGGCAAUGACGACGACGACGACGACAACCUGACCAGCGCCGCCUUCUGCUCGAUGCACUCGGGCUUCUCGCGGCGUUCAUCGGCGCAAGGCACACCCUACCUCACGGCCGAGGCCCUCUCGGCGACUCACGCGCAGGACUUAAAGUGGCGCCCCGCCAGAAGCAGCGGCGCUGGGGCUUUUGGCAGCGAAGACCGUCGCGGCGCCGAGGCAGGAGACGCGCCGCCCUUGAGCAACCUCACCUCCGAAGCCGAUUCGCCGGUCUUCACCCAUCUGCAGCGCAUCGAUGCAUCGUUGCAGGAUUUGUUGUCCCAGGUGCGGCGGCGCCAGCAGCAGCAGCAGCAGCACCAGUGUUGGCGAAAGAGUUGUGGGUCAAUCACUGGGGCGCAGGACAGUUUCGACCACGCGCCGUCUUCCACCUCCAUUACCACCGUCCAAGCCACACCACCGCAGAGCGCGACGCAACUCACGACCCUUCACAGCUCCCUCAGCUCCGCCCUGCCCUCGCCUGCGUCUGCCAGCAGCACUUCGGAGGUGGCCACCACUGUGACGGUGGUCCCGCGGCACCGCCGCAGCACUGGAGUCAACACCUCUCCUGCCAAGCUGCCACGUCCGCUGUCUUCCUGUACGACGUCCGUGACAGUUUCGCAAUCGAGGCAGGGCAUGGCCAACCCGCUCUCGAUGCAAGCAUCACCGCCGCUGUCGAAGCAGUGCAGCAAUCCUCGGUGGCCAACGGAGGACGACGCCGAGGUGGAAGGGGAUCCGGUGCAGCACGAUGCCACGGUGUCGUUUGGCACGCCACUCUCACCCAGCUCGUCCGGGCGCUGCGCCAGCAGCGGCUGCGACGAUGUGAAUAUAGAGGCACUGCUGCGCAAGAUGCUGUGGCGGGUAAGUCUCCUGCUGGACGAGGUGUCGUCCUCCUCACCACGGGGGCCAGCGACGGCGAGCGUAGCGCAGCCCUCCUAG